CGGAACCGGAGCGGGGCCGCGGCGGACGGGGCCGGUGAUGCCGUACCUGAGCGGCGACGAGGCGGUGCGGGAGCUGCGGCGGACGCUCUGCAACCCCCACGUGCAGGCGGACCCCGCGCGGUACCGCGCGGCCGUGAUGCGCGUUAUCCGGCACAUGUCGCAGGGUGCGGAGGUGUCGUCGCUGUUUGCGGAGAUGGUGAAGGCGGGCGCGGCGGCGGACCUGGCGCAGAAGAAGCUGUCGUGGCUGUUCGUGCAGGCGCAGGCACCGCGGCAGCCGCAGCUCGCGUUGCUCGCCGUGAACUCGCUGCGCCGUGAUUGCGCGCAUCCCAGCCCUGCUGUGCGAGGGCUCGCCCUGCGUAGCAUGUGUGGACUACGGAUUCCCGGGAUUCAGGAGUACCUGCAGCAGCCGCUGCUCAAUGGCCUGCGGGACAAGGCCUCCUACGUACGCAGGGCGGCUGUGCUGGGCUGUGCCAAGAUGCUGAAGCUGCAGGGAGACUGCGAAGUAGAUGGUGCCCUGGUGAAUGAGCUGUACAGUUUGCUUCGCGAUCAGGAUCCUAUCGUGGUCGUGAACUGUCUGAGGGCCUUAGAAGAGAUCUUGAAGAAGGAGGGAGGAGUUGUCAUCAACAAACCUAUUGCCCAUCAUCUCCUCAACAGGAUGGCCGAUCUGGAUCAGUGGGGGCAAAGCGAGGUGCUCACCUUCCUUCUGCGCUACAAGCCCCGCAGCGAGGAGGAGCUCUUUGACAUACUCAACCUGCUGGACGGCUAUCUCAAAAGCAGCAGCACCAGCGUUGUGAUGGCAGCCACUAAGCUGUUCCUGGUGCUUGCCAGGGAGUACCCGCACGUGCAAGCAGACGUUUUGGUGAGAGUGAAGGGGCCGCUGCUGUCUGCCUGCACAUCUGAGAGCAGGGAGCUGUGCUUCACCGCGCUCUGCCACGUCCGUCAGAUCCUUGGUAGCCUUCCCGGCCAUUUCAGCAGCCACUACAAGAAGUUCUUCUGUUCGUAUUCAGAGCCCCACUACAUCAAAUGCCAGAAGAUGGAGGUGUUGUGCGAGCUGGUGAACGAUGAGAACGUCCAGCAGGUGCUGGAGGAGCUGAAGGGCUAUUGCACUGAUGUGUCGGUGGAGCUUGCCCAAGGGGCGAUCUUCGCCAUAGGCAAUAUAGCUAGGACAUACACGGAGCCCUGCGUGGCGAUUCUGACAGAGCUCCUGGGGCUUCAGCAGGAACACGUCACUUCAGCGGUGGUCCAAGUGUUCCGGGACCUGAUUUGGCUGUGUCCCCAGUGCACGGAUGCCGUGUGUCGGGCCCUGCCUGGCUGUGAGGAUGCCAUCCAGGACAGCGAGGGCAAGCAAGCGCUGAUCUGGCUCCUGGGUGCACACGGUGAGAAAGUACCCAACGCCCCGUAUGUUUUAGAAGACUUUGUGGAGAACGUGAAAUCGGAGCUGUUCCCAGCAGUGAAGAUGGAGCUACUGACAGCGCUGGUGCGACUUUUCCUGUCCCGUCCUGCUGAGUGCCAGGACAUGCUGGGGAGGCUGCUCCACUACUGCAUAGAGGAGGAGAUGGAUAUGGCAGUACGAGACCGCGGGUUGUUCUACUAUCGCCUGUUGCAGUCUGGGGUGGAAGAAGUGAAACGGAUUUUGUGUAGCCCCAAGUCUGACCCCUCUCUGGGGCUCCUGGAAGACCAAACUGAACGAUCCGUGAAUACGUGGGCUUCAGAGUUCAACACUCUUGCUCCUGUUUAUGGCAGAGAACGCUGGGCUCUCAUCACUGCUCAACAGCCAGUGGAACCCUCUUAUGCUUGUCCUCCGUGUCCUGAUCCCAAGGGCAGCGGCACAGAGUCACUGAUUUCUGAAGGGAGCAAAGAAGUCCUCGAGGUUCAUCCUGAUACAGGCAGCCUGACCUUAGUUCCUGACCUGUACGUGACCGCAGAGCAGUUUGAGAAGACCUGGCUGAGCCUGGACGCGAGCUGCCACCUCUCCCUGCCCUGGUGUGGGGCUGUUCAUCCGGAUGCCAUACAGACGGCUCUCCACGUUGUCCACAUCCAGACUAUUGCGAUGAGCAAAGCUGGUGCCCAGCCGUGGAAAGCUUAUCUGAGUGCUCAGGACGACACAGGCUGCCUCUUCCUGACAGAGCUCUUGCUCGAGACAGCAGAUUCGGAGAUGAAGGUUUUGGUGAAGCAGAGCGAGGCCAAGCCGGAGGCGCUGCAGGCCUUUUUGUUGGUGUUGAGGACGGUCAUCGGGGCAGUUGGCAGCCUGGAGUCCUGACUGCUUCGGGCUGCGAGUACGAUACUUGCUUGGGGCACAGGAAAAGUUAAUUUCUCUGGCUUCUUUUGCCAUGCCUGCUGCUGGGUUUGUACGUGUGAACUGCGGGAGUGCCAUCAGUGCUUUCCCAGCGCAACGAGUGCGCGUGGCAUGCAGGCAACUGCAGAUGUGAGAUCACUGCCGCUGCGAGCAGGGCAGGUGAAGGGAUGGGAGUGAUUGGUGAGCUCGCUGCCCCUGCCAGGAGUCACAGAAGCGGUGACCUCUCUGGUGGUUGUCCCAAAGCACCAACGUGACUGAGGGAACCAGAGAAGAGCGAAAUCUAGGGAUGUGCUUUGGAGAGGUUUUCAUGACAAUUGCUAAUAACUCAAAUAACAAGUGGUUGGUUCUUGGUGUUUUGUGUGUGUGCGUGUGUUCAUUCCGUGUGAGCUGUAUAGACCUGCGUGACGUUGGCCAUCUGCUCACACCAGAGUGGAAGAAUUGCUGUUUAGGUCAUUAACCUGUUCUUGCCAGCCUCAAAACCUGAUUUUUUGAAGAGCAAUGUCAACAGCACUCUGAAAGUUACAGAGAGUUGGACUUUGUACGGUGUCCUGAGCAGAGUUUCCUUGUCACAGCUGUGUUUUACACCUGUGAGGGGUGGUGGCUUCGUUAACCCUGUUCUCUAAGAGUUCUCAUCAUUUGUGCUUUCUUUUCAUGGCUGUGUUGUACCUCUGAAUUGCAGCGUGCCUUCCCUGUGCUUCCCUGAACGCUGCUGUGGUGUUAAACAUCAGGAUUUAGGUUUUAUUCCUGACGUUCCCAAUAAAAAUAUAACUCAAUCCUGGCUGGUUU